GCCUCCUGUUGCACCUCUCAGACCUCCUGUUGCACCUCUCAGGCCUCCUGUUGCUCCUCUCAGACCUCCUGUUGCCCCUCUCAGACCUGUUGCACCUCUCAGACCUCCUGUUGCACCUCUCAGACCUCCUGUUGCACCUCUCAGACCUCCUGUUGCACCUCUCAGGCCUCCUGUUGCUCCUCUCAGGCCUCCUGUUGCACCUCUCAGACCUCCUGUUGCACCUCUCAGGCCUCCUGUUGCUCCUCUCAGACCAUCCUGUUGCACCUCUCAGGCCUCCUGUUGCUCCUCUCAGACCAUCCUGUUGCACCUCUCAGGCCUCCUGUUGCACCUCUCAGACCUUCCUGUUGCACCUCUCAGACCUCCUGUUGCACCUCUCAGACCUCCUGUUGCACCUCUCAGGCCUCCUGUUGCACCUCUCAGACCUUCCUGUUGCACCUCUCAGACCUCCUGUUGCACCUCUCAGACCUCCUGUUGCACCUCUCAGACCUCCUGUUGCACCUCUCAGACCUUCCUGUUGCACUUCUCAGACCUCCUGUUGCCCCUCUCAGACCUCCUGUUGCACCUCUCAGACCUCCUGUUGCACCUCUCAGGCCUCCUGUUGCUCCUCUCAGACCAUCCUGUUGCACUUCUCAGGCCUCCUGUUGCACCUCUCAGAUCUCCUGUUGAACCUCUCAGACCUCCUGUUGCACUUCUCAGACCUCCUGUUGCCCCUCUCAGACCUCCUGUUGCACCUCUCAGGCCUCCUGUUGCACCUCUCAGGCCUCCUGUUGCACCUCUCAGACUUCCUGUUGCACCUCUCAGAUCUCCUGUUGCACCUCUCAGACCUCCUGUUGCACCUCUCAGACCUCCUGUUGCACCUCUCAGGCCUCCUGUUGAACCUCUCAGACCUCCUGUUGCACCUCUCAGACCUUCCUGUUGCACCUCUCAGACCUUCCUGUUGCACCUCUCAGACCUUCCUGUUGCACCUCUCAGGCCUCCUGUUGCACCUCUCAGGCCUCCUGUUGCACCUCUCAGACCUCCUGUUGCACCUCUCAGGCCUCCUGUUGCACCUCUCAGGCCUCCUGUUGCACCUCUCAGACCUCCUGUUGCACCUCUCAGGCCUCCUGUUGCACCUCUCAGACCUCCUGUUGCACCUCUCAGGCCUCCUGUUGCACCUCUCAGGCCUCCUGUUGCACCUCUCAGACCUCCUGUUGCACCUCUCAGACCUCCUGUUGCACCUCUCAGGCCUCCUGUUGCACCUCUCAGGCCUCCUGUUGCACCUCUCAGACCUCCUGUUGCACCUCUCAGGCCUCCUGUUGCACCUCUCAGACCUCCUGUUGCACCUCUCAGGCCUCCUGUUGCACCUCUCAGGCCUCCUGUUGCACCUCUCAGGCCUCCUGUUGCACCUCUCAGGCCUCCUGUUGCACCUCUCAGGCCUCCUGUUGCUCCUCUCAGACCAUCCUGUUGCACCUCUCAGGCCUCCUGUUGCACCUCUCAGACCUUCCUGUUGCACCUCUCAGACCUCCUGUUGCACCUCUCAGACCUCCUGUUGCACCUCUCAGGCCUCCUGUUGCACCUCUCAGACCCUCCUGUUGCACCUCUCAGACCCUCCUGUUGCACAUCUCAGGCCUCCUGGGGGCCUGAGAGACAAAAG